GGUGUUUCGUUUGUAGUUUUCUCUGAAUAUAACCAUAUGGCUAGUUAGCUUACUAGCUAGCUGAACAGAACUGUCUGUGUACACUAGAAACCAUUCCUCAACAGUUCACAUACGUCAAAGCUGUAGCUCCCACUUUGAAGGAUCUAACAGUUAACUUAGUGAGCGAAUCGACCAUCAAGUCGACCUACCAGAUGUAAUUAAUGCUAACUUUAUCUGUUAGGGUAAGCUAAUUUCGUUGUUAGCUAGGCAGUCCAGGCCAACACCCUCAUGAGGCAAUCCAACACCGGGGAAUUAGCUAGCUACCAUCUGUAAACAAGUCUGACUAACUUGGGUUUUGCAUCUAGCAGCAAAGAACAAUCCAACAGAAUGUCAGGUGAUGCCAUUCUGCUGAAUGUACCUGUCAUUCGGCAGCUGUACCACUGGGACUGUGGAUUAGCCUGCGCAAGAAUGGUUUUGAAGUACCUCCACCCUGUGAGUGAUGAGGAGUUUCAGGGUGCUUGCUGGGAGCUGAAGCUGACGGAGAGCGUGUGGACAAUUGACUUGGCCUACCUCAUGUGCCAGCUGGGGGUCAGGUACCGCUUCUGCACUCAGACACUGGGUGUUGACAAGGGCUUCAGGAAUCAGUCCUUCUACAAAAAGCAUUUUGACACUGAGGAAGACAGAGUGAACAAACUCUUCCUUAAGGCUGAGAGCAAGAAUGUCGUGGUGAAACAAUGCUCUGUGACAAUUCAGGAAAUCCAGGAACAUGUUGACCUGAGCCAUGUGGCCAUAGUGCUGGUCAACGCUGUGGUUCUGGUGUGUGAACUCUGCUCUUCGCCUGUCAAGUACUGCUGUUUCCUGCCUGUGGGCCAGAAGUGCUUCUGCAGGAAGCCAGAAUACCAGGGUCACUUCGUGGUGGUGUGUGGCUUCAACCGGAGCAGCGGCUGCAUCUUCUACAACAACCCUGCCUACUCAGACCGCGUGUGUUGCACCAGCAUUAGUAACUUUGAAGAGGCUCGAAUGAGCUACGGGACAGAUGAGGAUAUUCUGUUCAUCUUCAAGGAGAGCUGAUGGUGGCGGUGCAGAUGACGAUGCAGAUGGUCUCCACAUCAUCAUAGCGUCCCAUCCUCACUAUGAUGACACAACAGUGUGUCUACAGGUCCCUGAACAGGGACUGCUGGUUCCAGCUCUGGCCCAGUGUUGUAGAUGGGCCUGGGCUGUCCACUCCAGUGCUAACAUGGCUGAUUGCUCACAGAACAUACAACACCACUCCAACGUCACCACACAUAGCCCAUGCUAGUCGUCAGUGUCUAAAGGAAUAACAGCUGAAGAGAUCAACAAAGCAAGUGUGUUUUUUAUGUUGGUUGGGAGACGAGCAGAUAGAUGAAAUAGAAUAAAUGAAUUUUGACAGUGUCCCCUUUUGUUUAGUUUUAGUUGAUUCUACCAAUUGACAUUGUGAAAUAUUUAGCAGUGCAAGCCUAUUAAUCCUAUUCCUAAUGCUGAGUGGACAAAAUGCCAAUGACACUCAAGUUGUUUCUAAACUUGGAGACAAGGGCAAAACAAUGCACAUACGAGGGCUUACGGCAACAUGAUGCUUUCUUAAUGGUUUAUUCUGGUGUCAUGUAUUUGUCAUGCAAGUCUGAUGGGCCAUGUAUAGCUGCUUUCCUCCCCUAAGACUAGCCUAGUCUUAUUUUAUUAAUAGUUUGAUUUGUAUUAAUUGUAUUGAUUAAGGAUCCUCAUCAGCUGCUCAGCUACUCCUCCUGGGGUCCAGCAACAUUAAGGCAGUUAUAUGACGUUUAAAACAGUACAUGACAUUGGAUUUCAUAACACUUUGCCCAAUACAUAUAGUGUUCCCUCAGGCCACUACUCCACUAUCACAUAUUUACAAUACAAUAUCCAUGUGUACGUGUGUGUAGAGUGUGUAUGUGUGUGUGUCUCUUCACAGUCCCCGCUGUUCCAUAAGGUGUAUUUUUAUCUGUUUUUUAAAAUCUGAUUCUACUGCUUGCAUCAGUUACCUGAUGUGGAAUUCCAUGUUGCCAGGGCUCUACAUAGUACUGUGCUCCUCCCAUAGUCUGUUCUUGACUUGGGGAACGCGAAGAGACCUUUGGUGGCAUGUCUGUUUGUUAAACUUAACUUAUUAUUUAGAAUUUGCUAAUAACAGGGAAUAGAGGGAGAAAUAGUUUUUGAAGGACUCAGGUAAUUAAUGUUCAUGAAGUCUGAUGUGUUGUACUACAAUGGCAAACCCAUUUCACAAACUCAUUUUCUUAAUUCAAAACGCCUCGACCAAUAGCCUUUUUAUGGAACCAAAUCUGCCCGGCAGGCUUAGAUGUCGGCAAUCGGAACAUCAUGUUCAACCUCAGCCAGCUGCUUUGAACAGACUUUGCUCUUGUUGUGUACACCAGUUAAUCAGUUAACUUCGUUUUCAUCGGAAGGUCCCUUUUCAGGGUUGCACUACAUGCCUCAAUCUCCAUGCUCUUUAAGUUAGAAUAAAAGAGAGAAUGGAGACAGUGUAAAGUCUGAAAUACUCAGUACGGGGUAUGGAUGCUUUGUAGGUUUUUCUUCAGUGUAUGACUUAACGCUACAGUAAGGUUUUAAAGGAUUUUGAUAUAAGAUGUUUUCUGUUGAAAACCGCAAUCAAGUAGAGACAACACAUAGAAUGACACCUUUAUUUAAUUCUCAUUCAACAUUUAUUUUUACAUUUUGGUAUCAUGGAUGAUAUUGCACUAUGGUAUUUGUACCAGCCAUAUUUAUGUAUUAUUUAAUUAAUAUUUUAACAUAAGAUAUUUUCCCAAUCUACUAAUUGGGUGGGAAGACAAUUUAUUCCUGGUUGUGUAUUUGUUGUCUAUUAAAAUGGCAAACCUUUUUUUUUUACAAUUCCAAUUACGUUCUGUAAUCAAUAAAAUAAUUUUAACAAAUG